CAGGCCCUUGUACGUCCAACAACAAAGCUUGAAACGACACUUCAGUUCGUCAUUCAGUAAUUUGUUAUGGCAGUGGAUUCCAUUGACCGAUGGUGCAAGGGAAAAAUGAGCCACUGAAAGACAUUCGUUCUACAAGUUAAUUUCCUUAUUAUCCAUUCAUGAUGGGGGCUCGCUGUGACCGCGACGUGAAUUACUGCAUCGAGACGUGUUCAAGAACACGCAUGCCUUAUUGAAGUCGCUAUGUCCUGUCAGAAAUCAUCGCGGUAUGUCAAGGUCAUCGAGGUAUGUCCCCCAAGAAGCAUCAGCAUAGUGCCACGCAUGAAGAAAGAAUUGAUGCCGGAGCAUACAUGUCGGUGCCUGGGAAACCUAUCGCACUUGUAAUCACCCUUCUGCUCUUUCUGGGAAAUGAGCAAUACUGCCGCCACGCCGUCGAAGCCCGCCGUGCUGAUUACACUGUUCCGCUCGAGGUGCGCAUUUUACAGGCGCUGGAAGAGCUAGUGGACGCACUUGGAUAUAGGCUGCGGAUGACGUACGUGGAUGCCGCGUCUGGAUUUUUCUUCGUUGGCGACCGUCUGCAGACGAUUCUCAACAUGAUCCAACCUCGCGCUGAAAACGAGUCAUUGGGCGCCUCAGGACAGUUUCCCGCGAGUUUCAGCGUGAGCGUGGAGGAAAUCAAGUCUCUCCAAAGGAGAGCAAGACAAUUCGGAGACGCGGCCACUGAACUGGUUCUUAAGACAACGGAUCUACCCAUAAUGUCGCGCGGAAUACUCAAGCACAACUUCUGGACUGACACACCUAUUAAGGCUGGCGUGGAACCAGCCGAGAACGCGUCGGGUACCGCGCCGUACCACGAGAUCACCGAGGGGGGUUCGGAUGAGUGCAUCACGCAGAUCUUCACCAGCGCCCACUGCCGGGACGUGAGUAGAACAUGUUGGGAGACCAUGACGGGGGGACAGCACAGCGGCUACCGCCUGACCCACCAGGUGCUCUUCCUCACCAUUGCUUUCAAGAUGAACUGCACCGCUGUCAUGGAAGAAUUUUCCGAGCUCUACGGGCAGCCUUCAGCAGCGCGGAACCUGGCUUCCAAGUGUGCCCAGGUGGCCGAUGAAGCCCAGUCGGUGGCAGAAAAAGGCUUCCCGGCGCACAAGAGGGACCUUUUUUUCGAGCAGGUCACUGUAUGCGACUUCCUGGAUCGAGACGUGUUCAAGAACACAUCUGUUAUGGAAGCCGCUCUGUCCUGGCAGCGAUCCGACGGGUGCUUCGAAACGCGGCGGCACAGAAGGUAUCGGCAACAUCGGCGUAGGGUGAAGCGUGAAGAAAGAGUCGAUGACGACGGAUGUUCGUUGCACAUGACGAGCGUGGGAGCAGGAGCCCUCGCUACCUGGUUGGGAACACUCGCCCGGGCCGAGCUCCAACGACAGUGACUCUUGCCUUAAUCAGUGUGCCCGUUGCACUGUCUACAAAGAGAGACUGAGAACUGCGUGUAGAUGUUUCUGACCACCCUACAUUCGUGCAACGACGCCUGUGACGCAGAUGCUAUCGCUGAGAUCUUUGGCAAGGUGCCAACGACAGGCAAGAACAAGAGAAAAGAGCGAAGAAAACACUGAAAUUGGCAGGUCAUUCCAUAGUGGUUCGAGCGUAAUUUUCCGAUAAGAAUUGUGCAACUUCCGCUCAUUAUGGUUGAUAACGAGGCAGAAAGCGUCAUGUAGAUUUGUCUUAACACCACACCAGAGCAAAUAGAGCGAGCCCCAGAUGCAGACACUAUAUGUAUCAGUGCUUCCCCAAAAGUAUGGCGCAAUGCAUUACACAGUCGCCUUCUCGUCAAAAAAAAAAAAAAAAUUAUGAGCAGCCGAUUCAACCCCGGAUAACAACUGAUGCUCUUGAGUUAUCUUGCUUAAAAAGAACACUGGUUGAGGAAGCAUAAGCAUAACAAACAUAACAAGUAUUUUAGAGAGCAAUAAAAAUGUUUAGAAAUAAAUUAUGUACUGCACUGCGCCUCAGAAAGAAGUAUUAUAGUCGUCUCAUUUUGCUAAAUCAAGAGAAUCAUAGAUGACUGUGACUGUAAUGAACUCGGUCAUUAAAAAUAUGGAAACCCCUAAACUACCUGACUUAAACUAUGACGAAUGCUCGAAAUUUUUAUUGGCAAGUGAGUUUAACGACUAUUUCAGUUGCAAUGGGAGGCACACCUCACUAAAACUUCCCGCUAUGAGCAGACUUAGAUUACCUGACGGUGUCGUGAACUCAUUUGAGCUUUUCGAAAUCACAGAUUUUGAAAUCCAUUCAAAGAUAAACGCUCUCCCUACUGGACGAGCAGCUGUAAAUGGUGAGGUUACUGUACACACACUAAAAUCAAAUAUAGAGAUAAUAAGCAUGUGCAUAGAAAAAAUAUGUAACAGAGCUAUCUGUAGUGGUACUUAUUCAGACUUACUGAAUAAAACCAAGGUCACACCAAUCUAGACGAGCGGUGACCCACUCCCAACUUAUUCAAAACUGCAGGCCUAUCUCUGUGCUUUCAGCAAUUAACACAUUAUUUGCAAAGUAAUCGCUAAAAGGAUAAGAAAAUGCCUGCUUUAGUAUAAUACCAUAUCUCCAAAUCAAGAUGGCUUAGGCCAAAUAGGUCUAGUAGUACAGCAGUAAUUACCGUUACAAACUCAAUUAUUAGCUAACCUAAUAGUAAAGAUAUGGUGAUCGGUAUAUUUUUAGACAUUAAGAAAGCUUUCGACGGUGUUGACCACAAUAUACUACUUAAUAAACUACACUGCUAUGGUUUCUGUGGUAACUCCCUUAAAUAUUUACGCAGCUACUUGACAAAUCGCCUGCAAUCGCCUCCAAGCGGCGUAAUCGUAUUGAUGAUG